GCCGAGGGCAGCCGAGCGCAGCGGCGUCGGAGCAGCGCACAGCCAGCGGAGGACAAGCCGCCGAUGGACCUGAGCGCUGCUGCGGCGCUCUGCCUGUGGCUCCUGAGCGCCUGCCGCCCCCGGGACGGGCUGGAGGCGGCCGCCGUGCUGAGGGCCCAGGGGGACAGCCAAGGUGGGGACCCGGGCGGCGGCGCUAGACGGGGCCCAAGCGAGGCGGCCGGCGUGGCUGCCAGUCCCCUUUCGCCGUCGACAAUGAAGGCGGUGGCCAGAGUGCCGAGGCUCAGCGCGGGAUCCACGGGCGGGAACGGCUCCUCUCCGUCCGUGGUCCCGCACCAGUUCAUGCUUUCCCUUUACCGGAGCCUGUCCACGGGGGCACUCGCUCCUGGAUGGGCUCCGGUCCCUACCUCCGCCACCACCUCCGCGGGCGGCAACCGACGGGCUGUCGCUGACACUGUCACCGGUUUCACUGACCAGGCGCCCCCAGACUAUGCCUCCAGCGAGACAGGCCAGCGUUUCCUCUUCGACAUGUCCAGCUUGGCAGACGCUGACGAAGUAGUGGCCGCGGAACUUCGGGUCCUUCGCAGAGCGCGGGCAGCCCAAGAUCAGCUGGCCAAACAGGAUGCGGCGGCCCUGGGGAAGUUCGGGGGGACCCUGGGAGCGCAACCCUUAGCCCUGCUCCUGCUUUCCACUUGCCCGGGAGCGGCCCGUGGGCCUCGACUGCUGGCCUCUAGGCCUGCCAGCCCUCUGGACUCAGCGCGUUGGGAAGUUUUUGACGUGACGGACGUUGUGAGGCAGCACCGGCUUGAGCGACCCCUUUGCCUCGUGCUGCGCGGGGUGGGCGGCCCCUCGAAGAGCCCAUUGGCUCCCAGGCUGCUGGGCUUGGGGCUUCCCGGGAGCCCGCGGCCGCCGCUCAACGAGCGGGCCCUACUUGUGGUUUUCUCCCGCGCCCACAGGAAAGAGAACCUUUUCCAGGAGCUUCGAGCCAAGGGCAGGGCCCGGGGGCAGCCGGGGGCCGCGCCCUCCGCGGGGCGCAGGAAGAGGCGGACUCCGGGGGCUGGGACUGGGGUAGGGGCCCGGGUGGCGGGAGGUGUUGGGAGCCCUGGCGGGAGCAGCGGGAGCCCGGGCCCGGGGAGGGCCCCAGGGCGCAAGGGCCGGAGCCGCUGCAGCCGCAAACCUCUGCACGUGGAUUUCAAGGAGCUGGGUUGGGACGACUGGAUCAUCGCGCCCCUUGACUACGAGGCUUACCACUGCGAGGGAGUGUGUGACUUUCCGCUGCGCUCCCACCUGGAGCCCACCAACCACGCCAUCAUCCAGACUCUCAUGAACUCCAUGGCACCCGAGGCCACGCCGCCCAGUUGUUGUGUGCCCGCCAAACUCAGCCCCAUCAGCAUCCUGUACAUCGACGCGGGUAACAACGUCGUCUACAAACAGUACGAGGACAUGGUGGUGGAGACUUGCGGCUGCAGGUAGCGGGGAGUGCGGGAGCCCCGGAGCCCGGAGCCCGGAGCCUGGAGCCCGGCCGGCUCCCUCUGGGUCCUGCGGGCAAGGCAGGCGGGCAGGCCGGCGGCGGUCUGGGGCCCUGGACCUCGGGACAGGGCAAAAGAGGUGAGCGGGGCUAGCUGGUCCCGCUGGGUUUGUCUCCUUGGAGCUCAGCAGCCCGAAGCCUCCAGCGCCUGUGGCGCACACACACACACACGCACACACACACACACACACACACACACACACACACACACACACACACACACAAACCCUAGCUCACUCCCUGCCAGCCUGCCCACUCUCAGACCCCCACCACAGGACAGCGUCUGCAUGCUACUGAAUCUCACCUGCUUUUUUGAAGAGGAGGGGCUGCCGGGAGGAGGGAAGGAAGAGUGUGACUCCUCAAAAAUAGUCCUAUCUGUAGGAGUGUGGGGGAGAUGCUGGCUGACCCUGGUGCCCUCGGGCCGCCGUGGGCCUCAGAAAUGCAGCUCUGUAGGGUGGCGUACCGAAAAUGCCCAAAAUAAUUGAAUGUGGGCAGAAGUGUGCGGAGGUGUCAAGGCCCUAGAUUCCGAGGCUCUAGACGGGGCGCAGAGCUUCUCCUUCCUCGGGGCUGACUGACCACUGAUCUGUCCCACCACAGAUUUUACAGAUGAGCAGGCUGAAAGUCUGGAGAGUGGGAGGGUCUUGCCCAAAGCCAUACAGCUAGGAAGGCCCCAAAUCCCACGCCGGUUUUUUACGUCUGGAAGUAAAUAAAUCCCCAGGACUCCCUUUCCUAUUUUGGUGGCACUUUUCCCAAACCAGAGUCCCUUUUGGAGGCCCACGGAGUACAGGCUAUUUCCUGCUUUCUCCAGAACUUGGGGAACCCAGGACGGUUUAAAUAGGGCCUUGUCUUUUCUUUCCCUUUCCCUUGCUGAGGGAACAGGCCGGAUAUGGGGUUUUAACCUCUAUGUGAUUCGGAGGGCCGGGAGCCGCCAGUCAGGUAGACCUUGGAGAUGGAGUAGCUGUUUGACUAGGGGGGUCGAGACGGGGAAAAGAUAUGAGGUCCAGUUUGGAAGGAGUAGGGAUAGCGGGGGAGCGGCACGGAGGAAAGAGGGCUACGGGGCUUACCCGAGACUUUUCAGCACGCACUUCUGCUGGCCCUGGGAUGGAGGCAGGACGACGGCGGGGCGGCCCUACCCGGGCAUCAGCCCCGCGAUCCUGCGCGCUGCUGGCCCCGACCGACUGACAGACAGAUGGGGGAAGGGGUGACCAAGUCUGCAACGUCGCUGAGAUGCGAUGCAGAGGAGAAGGCCGGGCUGGGAGGCUCGGCAGGGCUAGCUGCGGGGACUCUCCCAGCCCCUCUCCGCGUCCAGCUUCCUCCAUCUGCAUCCCGGGCUGUGGCUUCCCUGAGAUCCCGCGGUCCCGAGGGACUCGGGGUCAGUGUCCAUGCAGCUCCUAGAAUGAGGAGAAAGGGAAGCAGACCUCUGGAGUCGAGGAGCAGGCCUUCCAGAGUCAGUCAGAGUUCCUCUGUGUCUGGUCUCCAAGCCGAGCCUACAGGACAGAUCUUUGUCCUUGACGUGGACUCUGCUUUUUCCUCCGUCCCCAGCUCACUCACUCUUCCAGUCCCCCCCCCCCGUUCGCCCGGCCCCUACCUAGAGAUCUGAGCUUUAGUCGGUCCAGCUUGGAGAGAUAUAAAGGCACGAGAGUCUGAAAACCAAUUUAAAAUUGGGAAGGAAAGAAGGAAGGCACCAAACCCUUAAUGACUAAAGACCCAUUCCUUUAAAUGGAUUUGAAACGUCAGGUCUCCUACUCCCCUGGUGUGAGCUGAGAAGCAGCAGAGAGGACUUUCAGCCAGCCAGGCGAUUGACCUUUCUAAGGCCACAGAGGCCCGCAGGCUAGAGCCCCUGGCUCAGCUGCCGGGACUCCGGAGUGGCUAGGGCCAGGCUUUGUGAGCUGUAUGGUCCCCGGCCUUGGAUUUUGGCUCCGCAAAGGGCCUGACUUCCCUAAGAUAAUUUAGUAGGGAGCCGAGGACGAAUUCCAUUUGAUCUGCUAGUCACAUCCUAAGGCAUUAAAAUGUCAGUAGGUCUAAGCUGAGUUUAACAAGU